AUGGGUAGAUACAGUGUUAAAAGGUAUAAGACCAAGAGAAGAACCAGAGACUUAGAUCUCAUCUAUGAUGAUCUAGCAACAACUGAAUCGAUAAAUAAACUCAAGAAUCAGCCAUUAGAUGAAUAUAAACCUGGGUUGGGCCAAUAUUACUGCGUUGAAUGUGCGAAAUACUUUGAGAACCAGAUAAGUCUAGAUCGUCACCAAAAAUCCAAGAUCCACAAAAGAAGGGUUAAGAUUUUGAAAGAAAGGCCGUAUACUCCAUUGGAAGCAGAAGCUGCCAGCGGUGUCAAUAUGUUGAAAUUUAUGGAAAGCGUCGAGAAGUAUAAGCAAUUGGAACAAUUCAAGAACGAAAAUAAAGUAGCAUAUGACUUAGUCAAUAAUCAAAAGAAGGAUAAUUUGGAUGCGAUUAUCACAGGUGUGCCUUCUGAAGAGUUUUUAAAGCAAAAUCAAGAGGCAACAGGUGAAACUACACUGUUGAACCCUCCUGGCGAGGUCAAACAAGUAGUGGAAGUUGAAAUGACAGAGUGA